CCGAUCGUUCUGUGGCUUGCCUCUGUCUGUUGGAUGAAUUCCUCCGGAAGAUGGAACAUAGCGGGAUUCUGGCUGGUCUGAUACUGGCCGCUUUUUUCCCUCAAGGGAGCUCCUUCAAUGUUUCAGUGACCGAAUAUGAGGAUCAAGUAUUUGUGAGUUGCAAUACCAGCAUCAUGCAUCUAGAGGGAUCGGCAGAAGUGUGGCUUGCAAAAAAUACAACACUGAACUUGGGAAAAGGCAUCCUGGACCCACGAGGGAUCUAUAAGUGUAAUGGGACAGGGAAGCUGUCUACCUUACAAGUAUAUUACCGAAUGUGCCAGAACUGUGUGGAGCUGGACUCAGCCACCGUGGCUGGCAUCAUCAUCACUGACCUCAUUGCCACUCUGCUCCUGGCUUUGGGAGUCUACUGCUUUGCAGGACAUGAGACUGGAAGGCUCUCUGGGGUUUCUGACAUUCAAGCCCUGUUGAAGAACGAGCAGCUGUAUCAGCCUCUCCGAGAUCGUGAUGAUGCCCAGUACAGUCGUCUUGGAGGGAACUGGCCCCGGAACAAAUGAUCCCGAGACUGGGGCUUCUCCGAGUGUUAUUAUCAAGUGUA